GGCUGGACGGAGUGUAGCCUGUGUAGCAGCGGUGGCGGCGACGGAUCGGCGGCGAACUUCAGUCUGGUUGCGACCGUCGCGCGGUGAGGUUGCGGUGUCGUGAAGCCGGUCCGGUUCCCGUGACGGUGUAUCGCGCGUCGUCCUGUCGCCACGUGCAUUCUCCGCGCUCACUUCUCGCCCUCUCCGACGCGGCGGUCGCCGCGUCCGAAUUUCACCGGAUCGAGUUCAUCGAGUACCGCGGGACGAGUGGACGAGAGCGGACGCCACCGUCGUCGUCGCUUCGGUUCGAGUUCACCGCUUCGGGGAGCAGCGUUGCCGAUGAAAGUCCGGGAUCGCUGGCUGGAUCUUCUCUGCGUAUAAACACAACCAUGGUAUGACACUUGAUUGAGGUAGCCAGUCCAUAAACGACCACCAACCGCUGCCGCCGCCAUGAGCAAGCUAUUUCAAUUUCUGGCUCUCCUCCUGUUGAGUGUCAAUGCCAGACGAACCGACGGAGACAGACCUGCGGAUGACGCGUACGCUGGCCAGCAGCGUCGCGGCUCCCUUCACAAGUCUAAUUACAACAGCAAUAAUAAUUACAAUCAUCAGUCGAACUCACCCUAUCUGCCGCACCAGCAGCCCAGGGAGCGGAAGCCCAACAUCGUGCUGAUUCUGACGGACGAUCAAGACGUUGAAUUGGGUUCGCUGAACUUUAUGCCACGGACUCUAAAGCGAAUAAGGAACGAGGGCGCCGAGCUGAGACACGCGUACGUGACCACUCCCAUGUGCUGUCCGAGCAGGAGCUCUUUGCUCACCGGUCGUUACGUUCACAAUCACGAGGUCUUCACAAACAACGACAACUGCAGCAGUCCCCAGUGGCAACGAGAUCACGAACCACACUCCUUCGCCACUUAUUUGAGCAACGCGGGAUAUCGGACAGGAUACUUCGGCAAGUAUUUGAACAAAUACAACGGCUCAUACAUACCGCCGGGAUGGCGGGAAUGGGGCGGCCUUAUAAUGAACUCCCGCUACUACAACUAUAGCGUCAACAUGAACGGCAAGAAGAUAAAGCACGGCUUCGACUACAGCCGGGACUACUAUCCGGAUCUGAUAGCCAACGACAGCGUGGCUUUCCUCAGGCAGAGCAAACACAAUUUCGCCCGGAAGCCAGUAAUGUUAGUCGCGAGCUUCCCGGCGCCGCACGGCCCGGAGGACUCGGCGCCGCAGUAUUCGCAUCUUUUCUUCAAUGUCACCACUCAUCAUACACCAGCGUAUGAUUACGCCCCGAAUCCCGAUAAACAAUGGAUACUCCAAGUUACGCAGAAGAUGCAGCCCAUUCAUAAACAAUUCACAGAUCUCUUAAUGACAAAACGGCUGCAAACCUUGCAAAGUGUCGAUGCUGCCGUAGAUAGGAUUUAUCAAGAAUUGAAGGAUCUGGGUGAACUGGAUAAUACAUAUAUUAUUUAUACGUCCGAUCACGGAUAUCACUUAGGACAAUUCGGACUUAUAAAAGGCAAGAGCUUCCCGUUCGAGUUCGACGUACGAGUGCCAUUCCUUAUUAGAGGUCCUGGCAUCGAACCUGGAUCCAUAGUAGACGACAUAGUUUUGAACAUCGAUCUGGCGCCGACGUUCCUGGAUAUCGCCGGUGUCGAGACGCCGUCACAGAUGGAUGGUCGUUCCUUUAAGAAACUCUUUCUCAAUAGCAAGCACGGUAGAAGGUCAAAGUUCAAGUGGCCCGACACAUUCCUGAUCGAGUCCUCCGGCCGCCGUGAGACUCCGGAAUCCAUUGCUGAAUCGAAGGCGCGAGAAGCUAGGAGGCAAAAUGCCACUCAGGCCAAGCGGCCGUCGACGCCGGAAGGGGAGGACGAUGAUAUCGUCGAUCCAGACGCGGACGCCGAAACGGAGCAUCGAUUCAUUGAGAAUGACACCGGAAGUGAUCAGGAUAUAUCAGAUGACGAGGAUUUCGAGGACUCGAUGAUCGACGAGACAAGCUCAGACCCACAUCUCGACAAUAGAGUGCAUGCGAUGCAUUCACCCUUUGCGACGAAACAUGAGCGUCUCGCGGCGGAGUGCUCACGACCGGAAGCGCAAACCGAUUGUCUCCCCGGACAGAAGUGGCGUUGCGAGAGAGACGGGCACCGCUGGCGACGGCACAAGUGCAGGUACGCGGCGCCCCCGCCACCACCGCAAAGGGUGUCCAAGAAGUGCGCUUGUUUCACCCCCAAUGGUGUGAUUUACACGAGGCUCGAGUCCAACGAUUACGACGGGCAGAGAUACGCGAGGGAUCGUCGCCCUAUGGAUCCUUAUGAUGAUACGUCGGGAUACUUUGCUAAACGAGGCAAGCGAGAAAUAUCGAACGAUAUCAUUUCAACUGAUGAAAACAGUGACGAGUCUUAUGACGACAUCGACUUGGAUGACAGAGAUAGACGCGCCAUCGAUGAAGAAGACGAUGAUGACAUGAUGCAGGAAUUAGAUAUGCUGGCGCAGGAAGUGAACGAAGAAUAUAGGAGAUAUUUUGAUAGAGAUAGCGGUAAAAUAAGAAUUGGGAAUACUAAUGAAACUGAUGAAUUAAAUAAAUACAUUGUCAACUACUUGGAUUACGGCUAUUCGAUAAAUGACUUUGAUCCUACUUUAGAUAAGAUUAUUAACGGUCGAUUAAAUGUAGGCGAUGUGAUAAAAAGGCAUCGAAGGGUACGAAGGAAUGUUACCAAAAAGGAUACCAUAGAGCACGUCACGAAGAUUAUGGAAAGCAUAGAGGAAGAACUAGAUGACUUGAAGCAAACUCAAGUUCGUCACUUGUCGUCUGAAGUAGGAAAGUCACUAUCGCCAAAAUGUUUAGUUUUGCCAGAAGGAGGUGUAAAUUGUUCUGAAGCUAUAUAUCAAGAUCCUAACGAGUGGCGAAUAUCCAGACGAGAGAUUGAACAGCAAAUCCGAGAAAUGCGAAUGCAAUUAGAAACGUUGAAAGAGAUUCGUCGGCAUUUAAUGAUCAAACGACCACAAUUUCCGGAUAACGAGGAAAAGCUUGCUGAUGCAGAAGAAACUCGCGGUUCGCACAAAACUCAUCAUCAUCUUUCAAAAGGUCAUGCAAGUCGCCAUCAUAAAAAGCAUGAUAAAAUAAGUCACACUACUGCAGAUCCUAUCACGAACAUGACUACGGAAUCUGUUACGAAAGUUAAUACAAUUCCGGUCGAUGAAAAAGCAUCGACAACGGAAGAGAAGUCUGAUAAAUAUAGUACAAGUCCUAUCGAAACUUCUACCACGGAAAUUGUCGCCGAAACAUCCGCUACGACGAUUUUAACGACAGUUAAACCGUCGAAGAAACCGCCUCGUCGUCAAAAGAUUAAGGAGACGUCCACGAAUAGAACAGAAGUCGAAGAGGAUAAGUCGCACAGACGCAGGAAAAUGCAUCACCAUCGUAGAAACAAUACACUGCUUACGAAUAGCGUGCAUGAUGACGUUCCGCGCGUAGCGCAUGUGAAUACAACGUACGUUACUAGCGACAUGACAUGGUCUACGCAAAAUCCUACGAUUCGUGAAAGACAUAAUUACAAUAGACAUAAGUUUACGACUGUUCCUGCCAGCACAGAAACAAGCACAAGUGUGACACAAGAGACCCAGUAUUCAGAAGUAUCUAGGAAUACUAAUAGUGAUUUCAGCGAAGACCAUACUACGGAAUCGAUCGCAGUUACUGAAUCCGGAACAACUACCACAGUGACUUCGACACACAUGACGGAAGUGCCAAGAACCAAUCCAGCUAUUGAUAGAAGUUUCAAUCGACUUCAAAAUACGUCCGUCACGUUACCAACGACUACAUCGUCAAUGAAGAGAUAUCCUAAAGUACAAAAAAACAAGACAUCAGGUACUCUAGGACCAGCAAGAAUCGAUGUUACCAUUCUUGAAUCUCCCGAUAGAAAACACAAACAAGCUAUAACCACAACGAAUAACAAUGGUCGUCUGCCACCGAUGCUAAACUCUCCGUUAGAAGCGCGACACAAAUGUUAUUGCGAGCCAGAUGCAAAGAAAGAUGAGAAGGAAAUCGCUAGGGAGGAGAGACGAAGAUUGAAGGAAGAGCGUUUAAAAAAGAAGGAGCGAAAACUCAGGAAGAAAGCCAAGCUAGAAAAGGAAUGCCUGACAGAAAAAAUGAACUGCUUCGAGCACGAUAACGAUCACUGGCGUACCGCACCUCUGUGGAAUGCUGGGCCAUUUUGCUUUUGCAUGAAUGCUAAUAAUAACACGUAUUCAUGCAUACGUACAAUUAACAAGACGCACGAUUUCCUUUACUGCGAAUUUACUACAGGAUUAGUGACAUAUUACAAUUUAAGACUUGAUCCAUUUGAACAAUGGAAUAGAGCACCAUCUUUAACGCCCACUGAAAAAUCUUAUCUACACAAUCAAUUGGAACACUUGAAGGGAUGUAAAGGUACAUGGGAUUGUACAGUCGGUAAUGCUAGGGAGACUGUACCGCAUCAACUACAACAACAUCAACGAUAUAUUUCGAAAAGAAAAUAUAGUGAGCCAUUUGCAGAAGAUAUAUUUGUACCUUCAGCUUUACAAAUUAUACGCGAAAGCGAACUUAACAGUCCAUCUAAUAAAAGACGAAAGAAAUUACAAAAUUGGAAUAGGCGUAAUAGAAGCUGGCAAAGUAGCUGGCGACAUCAUCAAGAUUCAGUAAAUCCCCGACGUCAUAGUUACAGACAUCAAUACUGAUUUAUUACUUUUUUACGGUUCCAUUAUUGCGUAAGAAAUGUCUUAGGUACACAUUGAUUUCGCAAUGCAUUUAGUAACCUAAUUUAUUUAGUAAUAAAUAACGAACAAACCGAGCUUGAUAUUAGCUGAUAUUUAAAUUAAUAUUAACUCGAUUUUAUUAGAUCUUUGUCAUCCACAUUGUGCAUGUUUCAAUACAUUUUAUAGCGACUGUCAGAUUUAACUGUAGGAAUAUCAUAUGCACUGUGUGGAGCACAUUCACCAAUACAAAAUAUGUAAUUUUUAUAUGAGUUUUAUAUAAUUGGAAUUGUGAAUAAUUAAAUAUGUAGUUAGGUAAUUUUGUUCUAUUUCAUAAAUGUUUUUAUAAUUUAUUUUUGAAGGAAAUAUUUAGUGAGAAAAAUAAUCAUAAUGUGCAAACAAUUUGUCUAAUUGUGAUUUUUUAAAAUAUGUGUCACUCAUAUAUGACUAAUCGCAUUUAUUUAGAAAUUAAUAAAUUAAAUAAACUUAAUAAUAUUAUUACUUUCCUCACUGUUAACACACUGAUAUAAAUUAACAUCAAUAUACAUUUGCUGAAAAUUUUCUUAUUAUAAGAAGUAUAUUUAUUAUUUAGAAUAUAUUAUUACUGAAAUCAGCUGUGUGAUAGAAGACUGAAGGCACAACGAAAAGAAUAAUUUUAUCUUCCCUUGCCAAUUGCAAUCUUUUUACAAUAUAUCAUUUAUGUAACAAUCAGAAAUGUUUAUCAAACGCUGCCAUUUUUUUAGCUUUCCUAUUGCCUUUACAUGACAAAAUAUACACAUGUACCCUUAUAUAAUGCACUGCCAUAACAUUUAUAAGCAUCGACCUUCUUUAUAUCUGGAUAUCGAUUCUAAGAAAGAAAGAUCUAAACUUUAGUUGAAUGUUUAAGAAUGUUCUAAAAUUAUAAAUAUUAGUAAUUAGAAAAUUUUUAUUUGUAACUUUAAAUCUUUUAAUAUAACAAUAAAUAUUAUAUUUGUUGCCGUAUUCUUUUAGCACUGCUGUUUUAGUAUAAUAGAAUGAUUAUUAGUAAGGCAUAAUAUAUAUUGAGGAAAAAUAGAAUGCUGGCGUAUAUUACUAAUAAGAGAAGUAAAGAUAAAUACGUGAUAUAUGCAUAUUGUACAAAUAGAUAUAUUACAACAUACUGUUUUUUAAUUUAUAUGACGUUUUGCAUAUAUUCUUUGCAAAUUUACUAUAUUCAUAAAUUUGGAUUAUGUUUUAAAUAAAUUAUGUAACAACAGUCAAUCUCUUCCAACCAGCAUUAUAUUUUUCCUGGAAAAAAAACUGAAUUAUAUAGUAAACUGUUAUUCACUUAUUUUUAUCAUAGGAAAAAUGUAACAAAAGAAAAUAAUUAUUUAAGUCUAGAAUUUAGAAGAAAAAAUAUUUCUUUGCGAUAUUACUCUUUUUAUAUAGGAAAACAUUAAAUUAAAAAAAACAUUAGUUACCACAGAAAUACAUAUGUAUAUAGACUAUGAAAAGUAGACAAAUUAUGCAUUUAAUUGAAAUUGUAGGAUAUGAAAUUUAUGGAAAACAAUUUGAUGGUAUAUAUUUUCUUGAAUUUUUUGUGUAUUAAAUUCUGUAAUAAAAUGUUACUUUUCAGAAAAAUAA